CAACCCCAGGAACUUAUCCAUGCGCACUCGUCCACUGUUACUUCUCAUUUUCCACUUUCCCUCCCCCUUUAAUGGCGGUUAAAUGUCUCUUUGGCUGAGGACUUCCACCAAGGUCACGAGCUUCAUUCGACGACACGGCAACUCUCAGCUUUGUUACAGGUUUUUCCAUGGCGAACCAACUUCAGAGUUACUCUUUCUCGAUCAGAGACCAAGACUACGAGAAAAACGACGACGUGGAGGAGAGCAAGUGUUCUUUCCUUGUGGUAGCUCUCUGCCCUUGUUUAGUUUGCUUCCUUCUUCUCCUUAUUAUAGUCUCCGUCGUGUUAAUUGUCAAAUUCCAUUUCUUUUGCCACACUCCUCUUCGCUCCAUUAUUUACAAGAAAAACUGCUAGCCAAUUCCAUUUCUUUGACCCCCAAUGUUUUAGAUUUCAAUCAUAGGAAUUUCUCUAGCUUCACUGACUGUGAUACAGAUUCUGGAACCGACCAUGAAUCUGAUAGUUCUGGUGACAGCUUUAAGUCUAGAGUGGACCCAAAGGAAGUUGAGAGAAUAUGCAAGGUGAUCGAUGACUUAUUUGGCUUAGAUCGAAACAUGGAGGCCGUUUUAGAUGAAUGUGGGAUUAACCCUACUCAUGAUUUGGUCAUGAAUGUGCUCGAACGGUUCCGGCACGCCAGAAAACCGGCCUUUAGGUUUUUCUGUUGGGCCGGACAAAAGCCAGGGUUUGAACAUGAUUCCAUGACUUAUAACAAAAUGAUGAAUGUUUUAGCGAAGAAUAGGCAAUUUGAGACCAUGGUAGCGAUGCUCGAAGAGAUGGGUGCCAAAGGUGUUGUGACAAUGGAGACUUUUAUUAUUGCUAUGAAAGCUUUUGCGGCCGCCAAGGAGAGGAAGAAAGCCAUUGGGAUCUUUGAGUUAAUGAAGAAGUAUAAAUAUAAAGCUGGUGUUGAUACUAUUAAUUUCUUGCUUGAUAGUCUUGUGAGGGUUAAGCUUGCAAAAGAAGCGCAAGCCCUUUUUGAGAAAUUGAGAGACAGGUUUACACCCAAUUUAAGUACAUAUACGAUAUUGCUUAAUGGCUGGUGCAGGGUGAGGAAUUUGAUGGAAGCAGGGAGGGUGUGGAAUGAGAUGAUUGAUAAGGGAUUUAAGCCUGAUAUUGUCGCACAUAAUGUUAUGAUUGAAGGGCUGUUUAGGAGUAGGAAGAGAUGUGAUGCAGUGAAGUUGUUUGAGGUCAUGAAGGCUAAGGGGCCUUUGCCUAAUGUUCGGAGCUACACGAUUAUCAUUCGGGAGCUUUGCAAGCAAGCCAAGAUGAAUGAAGCAGUUGGAUAUUUUGAUGAGCUGCUUGAUUCUGGAUGUCAGCCAGAUGCAGCAGUUUACACGUGUUUGAUCACUGGUUUUGGAAAUCAGAAAAGGAUGGAUGUGGUUUACAGAUUGUUAAAGGAGAUGCAAGAAAAGGGCUGUCCACCUGAUGGCCAAACCUACAAUGCCCUGAUUAAAUUGUUGACAAGGCAACGAAUGCUGGAGGAUGCAAUGAGGGUAUACAAGAAGAUGAUUCAGAGUGGAAUUCAACCAACAAUUCACACUUUCAACAUGAUCAUGAAAUCGUUCUUCCAGACCAGAAACUAUGACAUGGGUCGUGCAAUUUGGGAUGAGAUGAAUGAAAAGGGGAUUUGCCCUGAUGAUAAUGCAUAUGUUAUUUUCAUUGGAGGACUGAUCAGUCUAGGUAGAUCAGGAGAGGCUUGUAAAUUUUUAGAAGAAAUGAUGGAGAAAGGAAUGAAAGCUCCUCAUCUUGAUUACAACAAGUUUGGAGCUGAUUUCUCUAGAGCUGGGAAACCUGACAUUCUUGAGGAUUUGGCUCAAAAGAUGAAGUUCUCUGGUAAGUUUGAAGCUGCUAAUACCUUUACGAGAUGGGCUGAGAUGAUGAAGAAAAGGCUUAAGAGAAACCGUCCCUUCAAAACUGAUGGAAGGUGCAUCUAGCAUGCUUAUGAGCUGUUUCACUCUGGUUUCGUGUGACUUGUGGAUCAUAGUCUGCUCACUUUACUUGGUCUCACACGACUUUUCUUAUUUUUUGCUGUACCCAGCUUCCUUCUUCAGUCCACUUCCCUUCAACAUCUUCCUCGCCUCCGCAACACAAUCCCACAUCUCAUCUGACGCAUACAAGUUUGACAAUAAUACAUAAGGUGAAGUGCUCACUGGUUGA